UCCGCCUGUCCUACCGCCACCUGGUGGAGGCGUCCCUCUACCCCCGCUUCACCCUCCUCGGCCAAUCGCUGGGAUCCAUGGCCCUCGCACUAGAGGCCGUUCUUCGCCGCCCGCCGUCUGUUUUUGUUGAUACUGCUGGAUACGCGUUCUCUUAUCCUAUAGUGAAGCUGCUACUAGGGGGACGAGCAGGGGGGGGAGGGGGGGCAGGUGGAGUAGGGGGAGGGGGGGCGGAAGGGGGAGGAGGGGGAGGGGGAGGGUGUUUGGUGGUGUGUUACACGCACUACCCGACUAUAAGCGGGGACAUGCUGCAGAGGGUGCAGCAGCGCACUGCCAUGUACAACAACGAUGAUACUGUGGCCAGCAGCUCUCUCCUCUCCUCGUCCAAGCUCUACUACUACCGCCUCUUCGCGUUCCUCUAUGGGUGGGCGGGCGGGCAUGCGGACACUGUCAUGGUCAACUCCUCAUGGACCGAGGGCCACAUUCGACGAAUCUGGACGCGAAACAGGCCGAGCACUGUUCACCGGGUGUACCCCCCCUGCGACACCGCUGCUCUCCAGGCCCUCCCGCUCUCUCGCCCGGAGCCAGGCUACGUCGUUUCGGUGGCGCAGUUCAGACCAGAAAAGAACCACGCUUUGCAGCUUCGAGCCUUCGCACAGGCCAUAAAGCCCACAGCGCUGUCCGAUCCCGAUCCAACGGCUGGCGCUCCAUCUGAGCCCGAUCCGAUGGCUGGCGUGCGUCUGAAGCUGGUGGGCAGCAGUCGGCACCGGGAGGACGAGAGGCGGAUCGAGCUGCUUGGGUGCCUGGCGGUGUCGCUUGGGAUUGAAAGGCGGGUGGACUUUGCUGUCAACAUUCCUUUCAGGGACCUACAGCAGCUAUUAGGCAGCGCCACCUGUGGGUUGCACACAAUGUGGGAUGAGCACUUCGGCAUCAGCGUUGUGGAGUACAUGGCAGCAGGGGCUAUCCCCAUAGCCCACGAUUCAGCCGGCCCCAAGCUGGACAUUGUUGUGCCCGCCUGCCCUGCCCUGGAGGGAGGUUCAGCGGGCAAAAUGGGGCAAGCGGAGGAGGGGGGAGAGGAGAAAGAGGAGGGAGUGGGAGAGGGAGAGGUAGAGGGAUUAGAAGGAGAGGAUAGUGGGGGGAAGCAUGAGGGUGGUAACCAAGUGUCAGAACAAUCGGAGCCGUUGAUUUCAAAGGGCGAGAUAGAAGCAGAUCCGUCUGCUAGCCCUGUAGGGUUUCUGGCGACGACUGAGGACGAAUACGCUGCUGCCAUGCGGGCGGUUUUUGCCAUGUCAGCGGAGGAGAGGGAGCGGAUGGCGACAGCUGGCAGGGAGAGGGCCAAGAGAUUCUCUGAGGAGAAUUUCGAGAAGGGUUUCAAGGAUGUGUUACGUCCAAUGAUUGGAUGUUCUUAAGCAAUGUCUGCCAAAUAGAGCUUGUACAUUACCGGAUUAUAUUGAAGCCAUUCAUAGCUUGCGAGAAUAAGGUCUACAAAGCGAUCCUGUCUGUAGUGGUACCAUGAUGAAUAACGCGACACUUAAAGC